GCCCGGCUCGGCGGCGCUGGCCGCUCCCGCUCCCCUCGCCCGGGUUCUUUGUCGGCGGGGGCUGGUGGGGGCCCACAGCGCCAUGUCCUCCCCAAAGAACGGCUUCUACCGGCAGGAGAUCACCAAGACCCUCUGGGAAGUGCGGGACCGCUACCGGGACCUGCAGCCGGUGGGGUCGGGCGCCUACGGAGCCGUCUGCUCAGCUGUCGAUGGACGAAGUGGUACCAACGUGGCCAUUAAGAAACUGUACCGGCCGUUUCAGUCUGAACUCUUUGCCAAGCGAGCUUACCGAGAACUGCGUCUCUUGAAACAUAUGAAGCACGAAAACGUCAUUGGAAUACUGGAUGUGUUCACACCAGAUGUAACACUGGAGAAGUUUAAUGACUUCUACCUCGUCAUGCCAUUUAUGGGAACAGACUUGAGUAAGAUAAUGAAGCAUGAGAAACUAACUGAAGACCGAAUCCAGUUCCUGGUAUACCAGAUGUUGAAAGGCUUAAAGUAUAUUCACUCAUCAGGCAUAAUUCACAGGGAUCUAAAGCCUGGAAACUUGGCAGUAAAUGAAGACUGUGAAUUGAAGAUCCUGGAUUUCGGAUUAGCAAGGCAUACAGACAGUGAGAUGACUGGUUAUGUGGUUACAAGGUGGUACAGAGCCCCAGAGGUCAUCCUUAACUGGAUGCAUUAUACUCAAACAGUUGACAUCUGGUCUGUGGGCUGUAUAAUGGCUGAGAUGAUAACAGGGAGGCCUCUGUUCAAAGGAAAUGAUCAUCUGGACCAACUCACAGAAAUAAUGAAAAUAACAGGUACACCAACUCAAGAUUUUGUUCAAAAAUUGCACAGUCAAGAUGCAAAAAACUAUAUCAAAAGCCUCCCAAAAGUCCAGAAGAAAGAUUUUGCAUCCAUCUUGAAGUAUGCGAAUCCUUUGGCUGUAAACCUUUUGGAGAAGAUGCUGGUGCUGGAUGCAGAGAAGCGAGUCACAGCAGCUGAGGCUUUGAUGCAUCCUUACUUUGAACCAAUCCAUGAUCCUGAGGAAGAAAUUGAAGCUGAGAAAUAUGAUGACACAUUUGAUAACAUGGAUCUUCCGCUAGAUGAGUGGAAGCGCAUUACAUAUAAAGAGAUACUGAACUUCAAGCCAUCACAGACAUCAGACUCAAAGGAGACAGCAGUGUAAUUGUAUGACUUAAUCUUUUCAGAACUUUGAAGAAAGCAGAAGAGUUGUAAAUGUUUCUGACAUUUCAGGUGUAUAAAACUUUAUAAAUAAACUGUAUGUAAUCUGUUUCAUCUGCACUCUAAGAAAGAGCUAUGUUUUUUACUCUGCAUGUGGAAGCUGGUGCCUUUGGGAGUAGCAUUUCAAAAAUAUCCAGAAACUACGACUUCUUCCUUCUGGACAAAAGGAUUCAGACUGCGAUAAGCCCAAUGCCAUCCUCAAGAGAGCAGUUAGGACUAAUUCUUCAACUCAGAGAUCACAAGAGCACAAGUUACCCCCCUAAGCAAACUAAGACACAGAGUGUGUCAGAGAUGUGCUGUGACUGCUCUCCAAGGCCACUGAACCAUCCUGAAUGCAAGAACUAUUCAUGUGAUUUAUUCUGGAAUAUUUCACUCUGUUAAGAAGCCCUGGAAUGCUAAUCAUCUUCUGCUACCUCAGCUACUGCAGUGGGUAGCAGAGACACAGCUCAAAUGAAUGCCUGUUUCCCCUGUCCUAUGUGAGUGGAAGAGAACCUGAGCUCCAGACAGUUCUGACAGAUCUGGGCAAGAGGCAAAAAAGCAGGGAAGUGUCAAUGUGGAUGUGGUCUAUCUGGACUUCAGCAAAGCCUUUGACACCAUCUCCCACAGAAUACUGGAAAAGCUGGCAGCCCAUGGCUUGGACAAGGGCACUCUCUGCUGGAUUAAGAGCUGGCUGGAGG